UCUUAUUCUAAUAUGAACCGGGUCUUUCUGGGGCCUUCUUCACCUCGUCGCCGGUCACUGAGUCACUACAAUGCUGACCCUGCGACGUCGUUUCACCCCGCCUUCUUCGUGUUCCUCACAUCGCAUUCUCUCCGCACUAGCUACAGUUCUCGUGUUAAACGCUCUUCCGGCCGCCUCGGUUUUGGCGCCGAGAUCCAAUUGCUAUGCCUUCGAUAACUCUAGCCGCCUCGUCGAUUUUAGUAGCUGGAUUGGACAUCAUUUUGAGUAUGAGGGGAAGGAUGCCGACUUGGUUGUUCGAUUUUGCAAAGAUGUGGAGAGCAGAUCACAAACGGGGUAUGUUGAUUUUGGUCGAUUUGACAAGUUCAACCACUUUGUUUCUGGUUCAGGGCAUGUAGACUUUGUUCAAGGGUUUUACAAUGGUGACCUGGUGAAUUGUGAACGAAGUUAUGAUAAAAUGGGGCGAACAGCUCAGGUAAACGUUAUAUGUGGAAAUUGUUUAAAUGGACAAUGCACAGGUGGACUUGGGUGCAUCUGCAACAUCACAUAUGAGUCUACUUGCAGAGUCUUCCUUGAACUUGCGAUUCCAUGCGAGAAACCAGGUCCACGAGUAUUUAAGGGAUUCACUGUUGGUUUCCACCCCCGGUCAUGGGAACUUGUUUAUGAUGGCAUGACUCAAUUGGGCUUUGAAAAGCCUCACCAUGAAUUUAGCUUCGGGACUCAACAAAUACAUGUAACCCUUUAUAUGACUGCAAUUGCUUCCCAGUCCACUUUGGUGCAAAAACCUAUUGUCAAGGUCUUACCAGAAAAUGGCCUGGAGGUUAGGUUAUCAGGGUCAGGAGUAACAGGGAGCCCUCCUACAACUUUGUCACCCACAAUGUUGAAUAUUGAUUGGAGAUGUAAAAGAACUCGCGAUACUCCAUAUGAAGUUAAUGUGACUAUCCCAAUAGAGGGUUAUGAGCCUGUCCAGUUUAUUCUUGCCAAAAUGUGUGAAUAUAGGCAGGAUCAAGAUGGCGACAGGACAAAAGGAUGGGCUAUAUUUGGAGUGUUGUCCUGCAUAUUCAUUGUGUCUUCAACUCUGUUUUGUUGUGGAGGGUUUAUUUACAAAACUCAAGUUAUGGGAAAGCGUGGUAUUGAUGCAUUGCCUGGCAUGACAAUUGUAUCUGCUUGCUUAGAAACUGUGAGUGGAGCAGGGCAAAGCUACAGCCGAGCAGAAGAUCUUAAUAGUUCCUUUGCCAGUGAAGCUUCUUGGGAACACCCUCCUGCUUCUUAUCAAGGAACGCAGAGGCCAGCAACUGAAAGAAAAUAUGGUGCAAUUUGAACGUUAUGUACCUGUGACAGUGAAUUUCAGCCAACUUGUACUAGUAUGACAUGCGAGGGUUUUCAAGUUUUAGAAUCUGUUUGUCUUUCCGAAACGAAAUCUCAUAGCAUGAUUAUUUAAGGUAUGUUGUAAUAUCAAGUUACCAACUGAAAUCAAUGUAACGUUGCCAGUUUGUAAAUCAGAUCGAGUUGUAUACGAGAUUUCAUAACAUCAUAUGACAUAUAACUCAAAUUAUUCCUCCAUAA